AUGGGUGCCAAAGGGAAGACCGUGAAGCGCCGAACCCCCAAGCGGGGAAAGAAGGCUUGGCGCAGCAUCGACACAGACGAUGUCACUGCAGCUGCGGCAGAAAAAUCCAGGCAGGAGCGGCAGGGGCUGGACUUCGACCGUGUCCCAGAUGCAGACUUGUUCUUUGUCGACAAGGGUGAUGCGAGUGCUGGCCCCUCGACCUCCGACGUGGAGGCCCCUGCUGCCGAGGCACCCGCCAAGCUCAGCAAGAAGGAGGCGGCCCGCGCCCGACCCCUCCGCUCCCAGGCCAUCCUGGCGGCUGCCCACACCGCCACCCCGGUGCACCAGAUCCGCGGCGGCGUGAAGAAAGCGCAGAAGAACGGCAAUUCCGGUGUGGUGGCAGCCUCCGGAGGGAACACCGGGCUCGCCCGCCAGGGAAAGAACGACGCAACAAGGCUGUACGACCUGUGGGACGACGGGCCCUCCGCGCUCAGUCGUGCCGCCCGGAAGAAAGCGGCGACGCGCAGCCUGCACAGGGACGCCGUGCGUGCUGUGGAGGUUGACGCACCGGGGUGCUCCUUCAACCCCGACCCCGAGGAGCAGCAGGAGGCCAUCGCCGUGGCCGUGGCGGCGGAGAUGAAGAAGAUUCACCAGCAGGAUGCCAUGCCGACGGCGCCGCCCAAGAAGGUGGAUUAUGACGUGGAGGAGGAUGAGCUGGCGCUGCUCCAGGUGGACGAGCCAGAGUCAGAGGAGGAAGACGUCAUAGAAGGGGCAAGGGAUCCUGGGGCGGCAUCGAAGACCGGGCCAAUGAAGAGGAAGAAGACAAAGGUGGACAGGAAUCGUGCAGCCAGGCGGAAGGCGGCCGAGGUGGCACAGGCGGCAGCCCGAGCUGCCAAGGCGAAGCGUGCCGCCCUCGCAAACCUGCCCACCCUCUUGAAGGAGAUUGAUGCAGAGCAGGAGGAGCUUGCAAGCCGCCGGCUGAGGCGCAAGCUGGACAAGGCGGAGACCACAGCGGGUCUCCCGCCCCGGCUGGGCAAGACCAAGUUUGAGGGCAUGCCCCUGCAGCUGCUGACGACAGACGAGGUGAAUGGCAGCCUGAGGAAACUCAAGCCCACAGCGUCUCUGGCCAAGGACAGAUUCAAGAGCCUGCAGCAAAGAGGCAUCAUAGAGCCUCGCAAGCAGAUCAACAAGAAGACGCCCAAGCGCGUCGCCUUCAUCCGCGGAGAGAAGGGGGAGACUGAGAGGGAAGGGCACGCUGCCAUCCUCGCCGCGCGGCAGAGGGCCAAGGGCCGCGCCUAA